UAGGCGCACCGCUGCUAUUGUAUUUACGUCGUUCUUGUGGUGGACAGGUAGAGGCAGACUUGUAAAAUGCCGGAACCAGCUAAAUCCGCUCCUGCUCCAAAGAAGGGCUCCAAGAAAGCUGUCACCAAGACUCAGAAGAAAGGUGAUAAGAAACGUAGAAAGACUAGAAAGGAGAGCUACUCCAUCUACGUGUACAAGGUGCUGAAGCAGGUGCACCCCGACACGGGCAUCUCCUCCAAGGCCAUGGGCAUCAUGAACUCCUUCGUCAAUGACAUCUUCGAGCGCAUCGCCGGCGAGGCCUCUCGCCUGGCGCACUACAACAAGCGCUCCACCAUCACCUCGCGGGAGAUCCAGACGGCCGUGCGGCUGCUGCUGCCCGGUGAGCUGGCCAAGCACGCCGUGUCCGAGGGCACCAAGGCUGUCACCAAAUACACCAGCUCCAAGUAAAUCUGUUUGAAAGAUCGUCUAAACCAAAGGCUCUUUUAAGAGCCACCCACAUUUUCAGUAAAAGAGUCGUUCACACCGA